AAAAAGUACGACAUAAAUAAUUUGAUUAUUACAAUUAAAAAUAAUCUGUUUUCAAUGUAUGCGUUCCGAAAUAGGUAGCCAGUGUACUGUAAGAGUGCUGGCUUGAAGUGUAUGACGUCAUUGAUUUUGAUGUACUUCCUGUUGCGGCUACUGCGAUCAGCGAGGUAAAGCAGUCACAGGCUGCGUUCCGUUUCAAUGCAUGAUGCGCAUAAUGCAUUGUUCAUCCUUGUUUAACGUUUGACAAACAACAAGGAUGAACGAUGCAUCAUGCGUAUCAUGCGUGAAACGGAACGUACCCACAGUCACAGUAGUAAAGAUGGCUACGCCCUUGUAUACUGAGGUUAGUUUGCUUGACGGUGAAGAAAAUAAGGUUUACAGUUUAAAAGUAACCGUAGAAAAUGCUGAAAAAGCAUAUAAAGACUAUCAAUUUGCAGCAACAUUAUUAGAACGUGCAAAAACUAAAGUAACGGGAAUUGGUUAUUCGAGUUCUAGUUUAGAAAGUUUAAGUUCUACUAGUACAAAUAAUGAAAGCUCAGUGUCUGAUUGUAACAAAGAAAAUGAGGAUACUAAAGAGAUAUCAUCAUUGGACAAAGCAAGAAACGUUGCUUCUGAUAGACUUAUAUGUCUCUAAAGAAAAGAAACUCCACAAUGGCAAAAUCACAGUCAAACGUUAUUGGGAGAAUAUUUCAAAAAAACUGAAAAAAAUGGGACAUAAGUGGCCAAAAGUGUUGCAUAAAAUUUUAGGCGAUGAAGAGAACUUAUAAAUCCAUAAAAGACCACAACAAUAAAUCAGGGAACGACACAAAGAAAUGGGAAUAUUUUGAUAUGAUGGAUAAAAUAUUUAAUAUAAAACCAUGGGCAGAACCUUUAUCAGUCGCUGGAACAAGUGUUCAUGAAUCUCACAACUCUAAUAUGGAAGAAACUCCUGUACAAUCAAGUAGUAACAAACAAGUUUUAUUUUUACAGGGAAAAAAAGGACAAUAAAUGUGGACAAUUACUUGGAGAAAUUGUUAGAAGAGAAACGACUCAAACGCGAAGCAGAUGAAAGAAAGCAUGAAGAAAAAAUGUAGCAGUUAAAAGAUAUAAAAAAUUUGUUGCAAAAUGUUAUUAACAAAUAAGUUUAAAAUUUUUUAUUUUUAAACAAUAUGUCAAGGAGCAUACUUUAUUUUGUUUUUCAAAUGUUUUGAAUACUGUUUAUGAAUGUUUUUGUUUAGUUUUAUGUAUUCAUUAUGUGACAUAAAAAAAAAGAUUUUUUUUUGUUAACAAGUAGAUUUCUUUUGUGUUCUUCUUACGAAGAAAAUAAGUCUUCUGAUAAGAUAGAACUAAAAUUCUAUUAGAAUGUUUUGUCUAGAGCAUUUUGUUAAGUAUUUCUAAAAACAGCACAUUGACUUGAUGUUAUAAGACUUACAUAUUAUUUUAUGUUUUACAUAUUAUAUGACUACAUAUAGUUAUAUACGCAGAAAAGAUGUUACAAAGCUGUGAUUCAUAAAUAUAGUCAAUAAAAACUAAUGUGCAAUUAAA